AUGCAGAGGUCGCCUCUGGAAAAGGCCAGCGUCGUCUCCAAACUUUUUUUCAGGAAAUUUGUGAAUUAUAAACUUGUUAGUAACAAAUACUUAAGUUUGGCCCUUAUUUUCCCCCUCUUCAUGCUUGGAAACUUAGAAAUCUUGUCAUAUCUGUUUCUCCUCUAUUUUAGCUGGACCAGACCAAUUUUGAAGAAAGGAUACAGACAGCGCUUGGAAUUGUCAGAUAUAUACCAUAUCUCUUCUUCUGAUUCUGCUGACAAUCUAUCUGAAAAAUUGGAAAGAGAAUGGGACAGAGAACUGGCUUCAAAGAAAAAUCCCAAACUCAUUAAUGCCCUUCGACGAUGCUUUUUCUGGAGAUUUAUGUUCUAUGGAAUCAUAUUAUAUUUAGGGGAAGUCACCAAAGCAGUCCAACCUCUCUUACUGGGAAGAAUCAUAGCUUCCUAUGACCCAGAUAACAAGGUGGAACGCUCCAUUGCCAUUUACUUAGGCAUAGGCCUAUGCCUUCUCUUUAUCGUGAGGACGCUGCUCCUGCACCCAGCCAUUUUUGGUCUCCAUCACAUUGGAAUGCAGAUGAGAAUAGCUAUGUUUAGUUUGAUUUAUAAGAAGACUUUGAAGCUAUCAAGCCGUGUUCUGGAUAAAAUAAGUAUUGGACAACUUGUUAGUCUCCUUUCCAAUAACCUGAACAAAUUUGAUGAAGGACUUGCACUGGCACAUUUUGUGUGGAUUGCUCCUCUGCAAGUGACGCUGCUGAUGGGGCUGCUCUGGGACUUGUUGCAGGCCUUCACUUUCUGUGGGCUUGCUUUCCUCGUAGUCCUCGCCCUUCUUCAAGCCGGAUUAGGGAAAAUGAUGAUGAAGUACAGAGAUCAGAGAGCUGGAAAGAUCAAUGAAAGACUGGUGAUAACGUCAGAAAUGAUUGAAAAUAUCCAAUCAGUUAAGGCAUACUGCUGGGAAGAAGCAAUGGAAAAAAUCAUUGAAAACCUAAGACAAACAGAACUGAAACUUACCCGGAAGGCAGCCUAUGUGAGAUACCUCAAUAGCUCAGCCUUCUUCUUCUCAGGGUUCUUUGUGGUAUUUUUAUCUGUGCUUCCUUAUGCACUGCUCAAUGGAAUCAUCCUUCGAAAAAUAUUCACAACCAUCUCAUUCUGCAUCGUUUUGCGCAUGGCAGUUACUCGGCAGUUCCCCUGGGCAGUACAAACUUGGUAUGAUUCUCUUGGAGCAAUAAACAAAAUACAGGAUUUCUUACAAAAGCAAGAAUAUAAGACAUUGGAAUAUAACUUAACAACUACAGAUGUAGUGAUGGAGAAUGUAACAGCCUUCUGGGAGGAGGGAUUUAGUAAAUUAUUUGAGAAAGCAAAAGAAAAUAAUAACAAUAGAAAAAUUUCUAAUGGUGAUACCAGCCUCUUCUUCAGUAACUUACUCCUCGGUACUCCUGUCCUGAAAGAUAUCAGUUUCAAGAUAGAAAGAGGACAGUUGUUGGCAGUUGCUGGAUCUACGGGAGCAGGCAAGACUUCACUUCUCAUGAUGAUUAUGGGAGAAUUGGAACCUUCAGAGGGUAAAAUUAAGCACAGUGGAAGAAUUUCAUUCUGCUCUCAGUAUUCCUGGAUCAUGCCUGGAACCAUUAAAGAUAACAUCAUCUUUGGCGUUUCCUAUGAUGAAUAUAGAUAUAGGAGUGUCAUCAAAGCAUGCCAACUAGAAGAGGACAUCUCCAAGUUUUCAGAGAAAGACAACAUAGUUCUUGGAGAAGGUGGAAUCACACUGAGUGGAGGUCAGCGAGCAAGAAUUUCUUUAGCAAGAGCAGUAUACAAAGAUGCUGAUUUGUACCUGUUAGACUCCCCUUUUGGAUAUCUAGAUGUUUUAACAGAGAAAGAAAUAUUUGAAAGCUGUGUCUGUAAAUUGAUGGCUAACAAAACUAGGAUUUUGGUCACUUCUAAAAUGGAGCACUUAAAGAAAGCUGACAAAAUAUUAAUUUUACACGAAGGUAGCAUCUAUUUCUAUGGGACAUUUUCUGAAUUACAAAAUCAGCGGCCUGACUUCAGCUCGAAGCUCAUGGGAUGUGACACUUUCGAUCAGUUUACUGCAGAACGAAGAAAUUCAAUCAUAACCGAGACUUUACGGCGUUUCUCAUUAGAAGGAGAUACUUCUGUGUCCUGGAAUGAAACAAAAAAGCCUUCUUUUAAACAGACUGGAGAGUUUGGUGAAAAAAGGAAGAACUCCAUUCUCAAUUCAAUCAACUCUAUAAGGAAAUUUUCAGUUGUACAAAAGCCUUCAUUACAAAUGAAUGGUAUCGAUGGAGCUUCUGAUGAGCCUUUAGAGAGAAGACUAUCCUUAGUUCCCCAUUCUGAACCUGGAGAGGGGAUCCUGCCUCGGAGCAAUGCAGUCAACAGUGGCCCCACACUUCUGGGAGGGAGGAGGCAGUCAGUUCUGAACCUUAUGACCUGCUCCUCAGUGAACCAAGGUCAGAGCAUUCAUCGAAAGACAGCGACAUCCACACGAAAAAUGUCACUGGCUCCUCAGGCAAGCUUAGCCGAAAUAGAUAUAUAUUCAAGACGGUUAUCUCAAGAUACUGGCUUGGAAAUAAGUGAAGAAAUUAAUGAAGAAGAUUUAAGGGAUUGCUUUUUUGAUGAUGUGGAGAACAUACCAGCAGUGACUACCUGGAACACAUACCUUCGAUAUGUUACUGUCCACAAGAGCUUAAUGUUUGUGCUAAUUUGGUGCUUAGUUGUGUUUCUGGUUGAGGUGGCUGCUUCUUUGGUUGUGUUGUGCCUGUUUCCGAAAAUACUUUUUCAAGACAAAGGAAAUAGUACUAAGAAUGCAAAUAACAGUUAUGCAGUGAUCAUCACCAGCACCAGCUCGUAUUAUAUUUUUUACAUUUAUGUGGGAGUAGCUGACACUUUGCUUGCUCUAGGACUCUUCAGAGGUUUACCACUGGUGCAUACUCUAAUCACAGUGUCAAAAACUUUACACCACAAAAUGCUACAGUCUGUUCUUCAAGCCCCUAUGUCAACCCUCAACACGUUGAAAACAGGUGGAAUUCUUAAUAGAUUCUCCAAAGAUAUAGCAGUUUUGGAUGAUCUUCUGCCUCUUACCAUAUUUGACUUCAUUCAGUUGUUAUUAAUUGUGAUUGGAGCUGUGGUGGUCGUCUCCGUUUUACAACCCUACAUCUUCCUAGCUACAGUGCCAGUGAUAGCGGCUUUUAUUCUCUUGAGAGCCUACUUCCUCCACACCUCCCAGCAACUCAAGCAGCUGGAAUCUGAAGGCAGGAGUCCAAUUUUCACUCAUCUUGUUACAAGCUUAAAAGGACUAUGGACACUUCGUGCCUUUGGACGGCAGCCUUACUUUGAAACUUUAUUCCACAAAGCUCUGAAUUUACAUACUGCCAACUGGUUUUUGUAUCUGUCAACACUGCGCUGGUUCCAAAUGAGAAUAGAAAUGAUUUUUGUCAUUUUCUUCAUUGCUGUUACCUUCAUUUCCAUUUUAACAACAGGUGAAGGAGAAGGAAGAGUUGGGAUUAUUCUAACUUUAGCCAUGAAUAUCAUGGGUACAUUGCAGUGGGCUGUAAACUCUAGCAUAGAUGUGGAUAGCUUGAUGCGAUCUGUGAGCCGAGUCUUUAAGUUUAUUGAUAUGCCAACAGAAGAUGGUAAACCUAACAAUUCAUUCAGACCAUCCAAAGAUAGUCAACCCUCAAAAGUUAUGAUCAUCGAGAAUCAACAUGUGAAGAAAGAUGACAUCUGGCCCUCAGGGGGCCAAAUGACUGUCAAAGACCUCACAGCAAAGUACAUAGAUGGAGGGAACGCCAUACUAGAGAACAUAUCCUUCUCAAUAAGUCCCGGCCAGAGGGUGGGCCUCUUGGGAAGAACUGGAUCAGGGAAGAGCACUUUGUUACUGGCUUUUUUGAGACUGCUGAAUACCAAAGGAGAAAUCCAAAUAGAUGGUGUGUCUUGGGAUUCAAUUACUUUGCAACAAUGGAGGAAGGCCUUUGGAGUCAUACCACAGAAAGUAUUCAUCUUUUCUGGAACAUUUAGAAAAAACUUGGAUCCCUAUGAACAGUGGAGUGAUCAAGAAAUAUGGAAAGUUGCAGAUGAGGUCGGACUCAGAUCUGUGAUAGAGCAGUUUCCUGGGAAGCUUGAUUUUGUCCUUGUGGAUGGGGGUUGUGUUCUAAGCCAUGGCCACAAGCAGUUGAUGUGCUUGGCCAGAUCUGUUCUCAGUAAAGCAAAGAUCUUGCUGCUUGAUGAACCCAGUGCUCAUUUGGAUCCAAUAACAUACCAGAUCAUUCGAAGAACCCUAAAACAAGCAUUUGCUGAUUGCACAGUAAUCCUCUCUGAACACAGGAUAGAAGCAAUGUUGGAAUGUCAACGAUUUUUGGUCAUAGAGGAGAACAAGGUGCGGCAAUAUGAUUCCAUCCAGAGGAUGCUGAGCGAGAAGAGCCUCUUCCGGCAGGCCAUCAGCCCCGCAGACCGGCUGAAGCUCUUGCCCCACCGGAACUCGAGCAGGCAGAGGUCUCGGGCCAACAUCGCUGCUCUGAAGGAGGAGACAGAGGAAGAGGUGCAGGAAACAAAGCUGUAGAGUGCGGAACAAGUGUUUGCCUGGGACGUCUACACGUGGGAGCUGAAGGAAAAAGUUUCUGCCUCAGAAAACAAGGAGGAAUGAUUUUUUUUUUUUUGAAAAAAGAAGGAAAAAUUGGGGUAAGAGGAAUUAAGGACACUCCUGUGGGUCCGGAUCCAUGGCUUCCUGGCAGUGGUCAAAUUGUGUGACAGGUACUUCAAAUCCUUGAAGAUUUACCACUUGUGUUCGCCAGUCAGCCUUCCCUGAAAACUUUUUCCUUUGGUGGUCACUGAAAAAGUGGCUGUAAAUGUCAGCCAGAUUAAUUCUUCAGCUUACUGUUUAGUCAGACUUUCUCAUUUGUAAUAGUAGAGAAGAACUGUAAUUAUACUAUUUAGGGAUACAAUUAAGUAGUGCUAACUGGAACUUGAGUGGCUUGUAUCAGUUUAUGUACCUUCUUCUCUACUCUCUCCAUGAUAUUUAAAACCACAGCUAUAUUGCCUAGUAAGGAUUCAGACAGUCCUAUUUCCAAGCAAGGAAUGGAAUGCUGUGAGAGGCUCAAGACAGCACAUUAAAUAUGCACCAUGCAACAUCUAAGUGUCAGGAGAUACUAAGAUCUGUCAGGAGACAGAACUUCCCAGUCCUGGAAAUCAGGCUUAGUACCCUUCAGCAAUACCCAAAUCCAAAUAAUUUAGACAAUCAGAAAACAUCCCUUAAUUGGGAUAUGGGCUGUUAUAGUCCCAUGCAGGGAACAAAGAUAUAGCUCCCUUGAUUUGGCAGUGAACGGUUCUGCUUCCAGAAAGUAGCAAACUUACAAGAUGUCUGAACUGAAGGAUGGCUGGAAAAAUGCUUUAAUGCAUAUUGGUACAGGAAAACCCUUCGUAACACCGAAGUUCCAGGUACAGAGUGUGCAGGCAGAAAGACUGUGGGCACUCCAUGUAGAUGUACAUGAAAUUCAAAGAUCUCGGUAUAGAGAGGGCGAUGUGUGUUUUCAGGCUGCCUAUGUGCACUUCAUGCUGUACGUACUGAGCAGGAGAAAUAAUGGGCACACUGAACACUGAAGAGUCAAUAGUGAAUUAGUUUUAUAUUCUUCUGUUUUAUAGUUUUAUGAUGCAAAUGAAUUUUCUCUAGGAAAUAUUUAUUUUAAUAAUGUUUCAAACUCAUAAAUGGUUGUAUUUUAAGAAUGAUUAUAUUAUGAAUUAUAUUUGUAUAAAAGAAUUUUUAUAUUUGAAAUGUUGACUUUUUAUGGCACUAGCUAUUUGUAUGAUACAUUAUGUUAAAACUGGGAUGGGAGGAAACCUUGGGGGAAUAUUGAGGGGCUAUUGGCCAGGGUCUAUGUAUUAUGUUGUUGCACACACCUGUGUGAUUCCCAGCCCACAUGCUGGUUCCAUCUUAGAUGCAGUUCUAAAAAAAUGGUACCUCAAAAUCUGACCACCCCUAUCAAGAAUACACUGCCUUCUCAACUCCAAACUAACCAUUAAGAUUGCAUUCUACUUAUUAUGGUAAGGGAAUAUCAUAUGUCAAUAAAAUCCAUAUAUUUGUGUGA